AGCGCCCUCUGCUGGUGGCGGGAAAAUCUAAAGAAGCACAUGUUCUAGCGUACCGGUGUUUGUAGUUGUCAGUAGUGAAUAGUAGAGGCAGAAUCAAUUACCAUGAUUAACUAUGAAGAACUUCGAGCCAAAAAUUUGGCAGACAACAAAGUCAUUUUGGAGAAGUUGAUGGCAGAUGUAAAAUGGCUUCCAGAGACAAAGAAAAUUGUCCCAAGAGACAAGGUUAUUAAGGCACCACGAAAACCCAGAAAGUCAGAACCACUUGGUCCAAUUAGACGCAAUCCCUCCAGAAAAGCUCGUAUCAGUGGAAAAUCCACUCAUUCAGAUAAACGACGCCAUAGUGAUCCUGUCCUAGACUCUGAUACUUCUCCAACUAAUAAGCUACAAGUUCGCUUUGGAUUUUUUAACAAGUCCUCAUUGACAAGUGUAAAACAUGAUGGUAGUGAGGAUGAAGAAGAGAAUGAGGACAUUGAGGAGGAAUGUGUUGAAAAACUGCCAAAGUCCAACCAUACCAAGAGCUUUCAGAUUGACACCAGGACUGCUGAUGAAAUAACAGAGGAUGAUCUGGCUCUCGUUGCUGUCUUUGUCAGUGAGAAACGUUACGACAGCUUUUAUGGAACUUCAUGUCACCAGUGCAGACAGAAAACAGCAGACAUGAAAACUAUCUGUAGGUCAGGGACCUGUUUUGGUGUCAGAGGUCAAUUUUGUGGUCCUUGCCUAAGAAAUAGGUAUGGAGAAGAUGCAAAGGAAGCUCUGAAGAAUGAGAAUUGGGCAUGUCCUCCAUGCAGAGGAAUAUGUAAUUGUAGUUUCUGUCGUAAGAAGCAGGGAAAGUCCUGCACCGGCAUCAUGAUUCAUCUGGCAAGACAAAGUGGAUUUGAGAGUGUCAAGGAUUACCUUCAGAAUUUUUCUAAGAAGAUAUGAAGAACAAAAUGUUGUGUUACAAAUUGACAAGUUUAUCAAUACUUUAUUGGCAGCACCAGAAGUUAAGUUUUAUAAAUGUUUUAUUGCAGUUCUUGUAUUGUUGCAUGUUGUGUUUGUUUGAUCAUUGGCAGUUAUACAGAAACUUUUUUUUACCUAGAUGAGAUGUAUAUAUGCAUGUAAAGGAUUUUAAAAGAAUAUCUUUAGUGCUAAGUUGUACUACUUGUAUUACCCUGUGCAAAUGAAUCAUGAUCCUCUUAUAUUGUUUUAGUCAUUACUUUAAAUUUUUAUAUCCUAAAAUGAAUAAUGUAUUAAAAUGAUUCAGAUUAAUGUGAUUAAAUAAUUUUAGAACUUGAA